AAUUGAAAUUAAAACUUUUUAAAAAAAAGUAAGUAGAAAUGAAUAUUUAUUUACUAGUUUUUAUAAUUGACCCCCUCACAUUAUCGGUGCUCCCUCGCCCCUUAAUAAAUCCACCUUUGGUUGAUUGGGUUUUGUUUUUGCUAUUUUUGUAAAUAACAAAGUACGAAUGCUAUAAAUUUAAUUAUCAUAACUUGUUUUACUAUUUUUGUAAGUGUUCCAAAAUUUAAAAUAUAGUAAUGAUAAAAAUAUGUGAUAGACGGUAGGGUAGUGUUGGUUAGAGAAUACGAGCAAUAAGGUUUAUUACAAAUAAAUUUGGUUGUAUUUAACAUUUUUUUUUAAAAAAAUUGUUGCUAUAUAUAUAAUACCAAUCCAAUAUCUAAUCUUAAAACGACAAUUCGUUAACUACUCUUUAUAAUUGACAACCCCAACCAUGGGUCGAAAUGUUGGCAACGUAUCUCUUACCUCGUCUAAAAAUUAUUAUAAUUCAACGAUGAUAGCCUCAAACUGUGAAACAUACUAAUCAAAUUAUUGCCUCCUACACUACUUAACAUAAACGUUUAAAGUAUGAGAGAUGGAACCACAAAUUUUCAAGCCAUCAACGAUUUUCAACAGGUGGGGUCAUCUUUCCUCUUACAAUUCUUUCAAAAAUAUUCCCAAAUUUCAAAACUACAACUAAUCUAUGAGACCUAUUUAAAAUGAGCAACUCCAUAAACAUAAAGAAUGAGAACUUGAAGAAUGGCAAGUGAGAGAAAAAUUGAAAGGAAACCCAAAAUUUUGUGCCUCCAUGGCUUCCGAACUAGUGGAGCAAUAUUGAGGAAGCAGGUCCAAAGAUGGCCAACUUCCAUUCUUCAUCAAUUCCAUCUCCAUUUUAUCGACGGCCCAUUCCCUUCCAAAGGAAGAUCAGACGUCGAAGGAAUUUACGAUCCUCCCUAUUUCGAGUGGUUUGGAACCAGCGAGGACCCGACUAGUUGUGAAAAUUUGGAAUCGAGCCUCGAAUUCAUCGAGAGUUACAUGGCUGAGCACGGACCAUUCGACGGACUUCUCGGUUUUUCACAGGGGGCGGUGUUAUCGGCAGCACUGGCGUUGCUUCAGGCGAGGGGAGUUGCACUGACGAAGGUCCCGAAGAUCAAAUUCGUAAUAGUAAUUAGCGGUUCGAAACUGCAAUCAUCAUCCUUGGCCGCUCGAAUAGCUUAUUCUACAUCUAUUGCAUGUCCAUCCCUCCAUUUUCUAAGUGAGGAAGACUUCUUGAUGCCCAGUGGGUUAAAGCUUCUAGAAUCAUUUGUUGAACCAUCAAUAAUUAAUCAUUCUAAAGGCCACAUAGUACCAAGACUUGAUGAAAAAAGUUUGAAGAUCGUUGACGGAUUUAUCCAAAAGGUUUCAAAGCUGUGACCACCUCAAACUAAAGAACACACAUGGGUUUAAAUAAUUGAAUCGAAUUUACUUCUUAAAUAAGCUUCCGAACUUUGUAUCAAGAGUAUAUCUUAAUUAAGUACGAGCAUUUGAAUU